UUUAAAUACCUUAAGGCACAUGGAAGCUCAUAACUUUUUCCAUGGCUUCCAUCUCAUUUUUCUUUCUGUUUCUGUCUUUGUCAUCUUUCACAGCUUUAUCUCAGAAAAAACAGUCUAACAUAACCAUAGGAUCUUCAUUAACACCAAACAAAAACUCCUCUUGGCUUUCACCUUCUGGUCUUUACGCCUUUGGAUUUUACAAAAAAGCCAAUGGCUAUGCUAUUGGUAUAUUUCUCGCCGGAAUUCCUCAAAAAACGGUUGUCUGGACGGCCAACCGGAACGAUCCUCCAAUAUCUAGUGAUGUUACCUUAGUCUUUUCAAGCUCCAUUGGUCUUCUUUUACGAGGACCAAGCAAUUCUGUCGUUAUUUCUACUUCACAAACAGCUUCAUUAGCUUCAAUGUCUGAUUCAGGCAAUUUUAUGAUUUAUAAUUCUGAUAAUGAAGUAAUAUGGCAAAGUUUUGACCAUCCAACAGAUACCCUUUUGCAAACUCAACGUCUUAAAGCUGGCUCAACAUUAUUUUCUUCUGUUUCAGAGAAUGAUCACUCAACUGGAAAUUUUCGCUUAAUCAUGCAAAAUGAUGGAAAUCUUGUUCAAUAUCCGAUAGGAUUUGGAAUCCCUACAGAUUCCUAUUAUGCAACACAAACAGCUGGGUCUGGAGAUAAUGUAACAUUAAACUUAAGUCCUGAUGGCUUGCUGUACUUGCUAAAUUCAACUGGCUUCAACAUAAUGAAUCUCACAUCAGGAGGAUUUUCAAUGCGAUAUAUUUACUUAAUGAGAAUAGAUAUUGAUGGCAUAUUCAGACUAUAUUCACACAAUCUGAGUAAUAAUGGAAAUUGGUCUGUUUUAUGGGCAUCAGGAUAUGAUAAAUGUAAUCCUAAAGGAUUAUGUGGUUUUAAUAGCUAUUGUAUUUUGAAUGAUCAAGAGCCUGAUUGUGAAUGCCUUCCAGGAUUUGGGUUUGUUAUAGAAGGGAAUUGGAGUGCUGGCUGUCAGAGAAGUUUCGUGGCAAAAAGUUGCAAAAAUGAUGAUAGUGAUGAAAUGACUUCUGAUAUUAGGAUUCAUGAACUUGCUAAUACUGGAUGGGAUGAUAAUCCAUAUUCUGUCAUUUCAGUAUCCAUUAAAGAAGAUUGUGAGAAAGCUUGUUUGGAGGAUUGUAAUUGUGAUGCUGCAUUUUUUAAAGGCAGCCAAUGUAGAAAGCAACGAUUGCCUUUAAGAUACGGGAGAAGGGAUCAGUCCGAGUCAAACUCAGCUUUGAUCAAGGUUGGCACAACAAACAGAUCAGUUGAUGAUCCUAUAGAGAAAAAGGGUGGUAAUAAGAUUGGUAAAAGUAUGCUGAUUGUUAGUAUUUCAAUUAUUGCAUUUGGGCUUGUUAUAUUAGCAAUUUCAGGUGUUGCUAUGCAUAAAUACCAUUCACGGGCAUAUGAAAGGAUAUCUAACAAUCAGCAUAUUGGAUUAAGUGAGGAAAUUACUCUUCGGCCUUUUACAUAUUUAGAAAUUGAAAAAAUGACAGAUGAUUUCAAGGAAGAGAUUGGAAGAGGUUCAUUUGGGAUAGUUUACAAAGGAGUAGUAACAUCUACAGAAAAACUCGUAGCUGUAAAGAAAUUGGACUGCAUGUUAGACCAAGGAGAAAGAGAGUUUCAAACUGAAGUGAAAGUGAUAGGGAAAACACAUCACAAGAAUCUUGUUCGCUUACUGGGUUAUUGCAAUGAAGGGUCUAAUAGGCUUUUAGUAUAUGAAUACAUGUCUAAUAAAUCUCUUGCUCAUGUUCUUUUCUCAUCAUCUGAAAAUAGACCUUGUUUUGCGGAAAGGGUGGAUAUUGCGCGAAAAAUAGCAAAAGGCAUACUCUAUUUACAUGAAGAAUGUGACGCACAAAUCAUCCAUUGUGACAUUAAACCAGAGAAUAUACUAAUGGAUGAGUCUAACAAUCCAAAAAUCUCUGAUUUUGGAUUGGCAAAACUACUGAAGCCUGGUCAAGCAAACACUAACACAGUAAUUAGAGGAACAAGAGGAUAUGUUGCGCCGGAAUGGCAUCGGAAGUUGCCUGUGACAGUUAAAGCAGAUGUUUAUAGCUUCGGAAUUAUGUUAUUGGAGAUUGCCAGUUGCAGAAGGAAUGUGGAUCAUAGCCUACAAGAAAAUGAAUGUGUUCUUGUGGAUUGGGUUUACAAUUGUUUUGAGGCUGGUGAAAUACAGAAACUAGUGAGUGGUGAUGAAGAAGUUGAUAUGAAGCAAAUGGAUAGAAUGAUUAAAAUUGGACUCUGGUGCACCUUAGAUGAACCAUCUCUUCGCCCUUCAAUGAAAAAGGUUUUGCUGAUGUUGGAAGGGACGGUUGAUAUCCCAAUUCCUCCAAGUCCUACUUCUUUUAUUAGUAGCAUUUAAGUUGUGUAUUUUUAUUAUUUUUUCAGUGGUUUGUCAUUGAGUUCGAUUUGAAAUUUAAGAUUUACAAUGUUAAAUUCGAAACAUUAUCAGUUGUAUUUAAGUUUUGUGUGUGAAACAAUGGCUAACAAAUGUAAGUUAAUUUUUGGUUCUUUUCACAUACUUGGCAGCUUGUGACUUUUCUGUCAUGGGAAGAAGAAAAUUAAAAAAGAGUGAGAAUAACUUCAACCUAGCGUGAAAGAAACUCACCACAACUUGCAAGAAGGAACAUGUUC